AUGUCAAUUAAACAAUGGUGUAGAUGGAACUCUCAUCUUGCACCUGCCAAUACCCGUGGUCGACGCACACCUCUUACCAAUAAUCAUGGCUUGCCUAUAUCUCCUGCUUUGCAACCACCAAAGCAAAGGCCUGUUCGCGAACAGCAACCGCUUGAGUCUCUGACGCCUUUUCGCAAGGCAGUAGCUGCCAAUCCUUAUGCAAAUGCCCUGGCCACUCCUGUUCGACAAUGUAACUUUACGGCCGCCAGAUUGCCUUCGCACCAUUUACUGCCAUUUGCUACCAUCUUUCGCCGACAUGAGAAUGACAAACUGGUUCCAUAUCUCGCUCCUGUUGACAAGUCCCAACAGACUUCACGCGCAUAUGUUCUCAACUCUCGCCAACUCCUGAAUCGACUUGGCCAGAAGAAGAACUGGCAGCGUUUAUUGGGCCAUGACCUCAAGUUUGGUCUGAAGAAUAGGAAUGACUAUCAGUGGCCUAGCCAGAUGGACGACAUUGUUCUCUCUCGAUUACGCUCCUCUGUGGUUCGUAAGUUGACCUGGCUUCUCAGGAAACCAAAUGCAAGACUGGUCACACCAUUCGAGCCUAAUACAGAAUGUUCUUCGUCGGCAUGCAUCUUGCAUCUGCGUGAAGCGAGUCAGCCGUGUUCUUCCUUGGAUCCCAGUGUCUCACAGUACCAACUGUUGGACCUACUGGACCACGAAAUACUAGCUGAACUUAUCAAAGAUACUUCAUUUGCGGACAAGGAUGCUUUGAUCCUCGCACAAUCAUACAUGACACUGUCUGCACAUGUUGCUGUCGCAAGAUUGUCCGCUUUUCUAUCUUCUUCGGACACUCAUUCAAAAGGUCCAAAGACAUGA